AUGAAAUAAUAUAUACUUUGGAUUUCAAUAUUGUUUUAUAAUGGAUAUUGUGAGAGUGUUUCAGAUUUCUAAGGGAAGGCAUUCAAGUUUACAAAUAAGCAGAGCUGUAAAUAAAUGUGAAUUUAUUAUUGAUAGAAAUUUAUAAAGUAAAUGUUGGAUUGCCAGAAGAUUAAAUGGAUUUAGGAUUGAUUUCAUCUUAUGGAGAUUUUAAUGGAGAUAAAGCGUAAGUUUAUAUGAUAAAAUUAGUGUAGAUGUUGUAAUAGUUGAUUAGAAGAGUAAUAAUAUAAUUAUAUUGUAUUGGGAUAAUACAUUAAAUGAAUUUGAAUAAAAAAAUGUUUGUUAAAGUAGUUGUUAUCCAGUUAAAGAUAUCAUAAUAUAAGGGACAAUUCCAUUAGAUUAUGAUUAUGAUGGCUAUUUAGAUAUAUUAGUAGUUUUAGGAAAUGAUGAAGGAUUUACAAUUAAUAUAUUAAGAUAGACUGAAAUAAAGAAUGGUUAUCCAGUGUUUGAAGUAAUGCAAGAGAAAUAUUCAUCAUCAUCCUAUCCAUUUGUAGGAGAUUUCUUUGGUAAUCACAAGUAAAGUUUAAUUAAUAAUAUAAUAGAACAUCUAUUAUGAUUACUACAGAUACUUAAAGAUUAGUAGUUUAAUAUGGAUUAUAAUAACCAACUGAUUUUCUUGAUCUUGUAGAUUAAGGUUGUUCAAUAAAAGAUUAUGAAAAAACAAUAAGUGCAUAAUUAUUAAAUCCACAUUUUAGUUCUUUUGUUGAUGUAAGUUCUGAUUGUAGAGCAGAUUUAAUAAUAACAUCUGAAUUGGGUAUUGAAUAUUGGUAUACUAAAUAUGUAUCUACUGUUGUUGCUGAAAGUACAGAUUAAUUAUUAAAUAAAUAACCAAGAUUUUGUUUAUAGAUAAUAGAUUCAUUUAUUAAUGGAGCUGAAUUAAAGACUCUUGAUUUUGUGGAUAUUAAUUUUGAUGGAUCUAUAGAUAUGAUUUAUGUUUUCUAAAGAAAUGAUCUCUAAAAUUUAGUAAUUAAUUAUAAUCAAUAUGAAAAUCCUAAUAAUCCUCCAAAUUUAUGUUAAUCAAAUACAAAAGAUUCAGAUAAAUAAAUGGCAUAUCCAUAUUCUCCAUUUAGUCUAUUAGGAACAAAUACAAAAUUGGUUACUCCAUUAAGUAAUGGAGAUUAACCAAUUAAAUUAUAUGAUUAUAAAAAUCUAGAUUUAUCAUUAGCUUUAGCACCUUUUCUAAGAUUUGGUGAUUAUUUAGCUAGUGGUUAUCCAGGAGCAUUCAUGAUCAUUUAUAAUGAAACUACUUACAAACCUAAUAUAUAUUAUCUUAAAAAUGUACCCAUAAGUACUGAUUGUGAAUUAGAAUCAAGAAUGUGUAGAUAAUUAAUAGUGGAUAAUGAUCCUGGAGAUCGUUUUUAUUUAAUUACAGAGAUGGAAGGGAUUAAUGUAGCCUUUUUUGAUUUUGGAGAAAAUGGAAGAUUAGAUUUCUUAGUAAAUAGUAUCUCUAUGGAUGAAGAUUAAAAACCAAGAUACAAUUUAGCAGCAUUUUAUAAUUAUAUCUCUUUAGAUGCUUUCUUUUUAAAAUCAUUAGGUAUUAAUGGACAAUGUGCAGCUGAUGAAGAAAGUAAGAUUACAUGUUAAGGUUCAUUGUAUUAUGGAGCCACUUAUUAAUUCAGAGUAACUGAUAUUAGUGGAUCCUAUAAACCAGCUGCAGGAAUUCAAUUAUAUUAAUCUGCUUAUUCUCCAUUGUAAUUACCUUAUUCUUAUAUGGGAUUGGGUAGAACCAAUAAUUAUAUAGAGAAUUUUUACUUAGGUAUACCAUUAUUAGAUGGACAAAUUAGAUAAUGGACUCCUAUCAUUCCUAAUUCUUAAUUAAUUGUUUCACCAUUUACUGAUAAUACGAAAUCGUAAUUUAUAUAUAUAUAUAAUUAGAUGGACAUUAUCAAUAUUUAUAGAACCAACUGAAGCAAUUUUAGUUGUUGUAAUAGUAACUAUAAUAAUACUAUUUGUUCUUGGUGGCAUAAUUAUUUGGAAACACAUUAAAGAGAAGGAAGAUGAUAAAAAAAAUUAGGAAUAGUUUUUUUAAAUGUUUAGAUGA